CGUACCGCGUACAUGUACAUCUAAGUUUCUUCAGAUUUUAAAGUGAAUGUGAAUCACUUUAAUUUCCCGAUCAAAUAUCGAUUUAGGCCUAGAUAGAGGAUAAGGUGAACAGUAAGAGGAUGGAUCCAAAUGGUAAUGAUGGACAGGACUCUGAUCUGGAUGAAGGGAUAGAGCUUUAUGAUGAUGACAAUGACAUCCCUGCAGAUAACAUAGCAAAUGAGAUGGAUGAUAUGGAUUUCUAUGAUUACGAUGAGUUGGAAGAUGAAGGCGAUGACGAUGAAGGAAGAGGGGUCGAUGAAGAAGGAGCUAUGGCUGCAGAAGCUCCCAGGGAUGAUGCCAUCACUCGCUUUGAGAGUCAUUCAGGUGCUGUUUUCUGUUGCGACAUCCAUCCUGCUGGUGGAUGUUUGGCUGUCACUGGAGGGGAGGAUGACAAGGCCUAUAUCUGGAAUACCACCACAGGAGAAUCAGUUUUAGAAUGCACUGGUCACAAUGACUCUGUGACUUGUGUUUGUUUCAGCUAUGAUGGUGAACUAGUCGCUACAGGUGAUAUGAGUGGUGUCAUCAAAGUUUGGAAGCUAGCAGACAAAGAUGAGAUCUGGACGUAUGAAUGCUCAGAUUUAGAGUGGCUGACAUGGCAUAGUGGUGCAAAUGUUCUCCUUGGUGGAACUGUAGAGGGCAGUGUUUGGAUGUGGAAGAUACCAUCGGGUGACUGUAAGAUGAUGCAGGGGCAUGGAUGCCAUCUUACGUGUGGAAAAAUCUUCCCAGACGGAAAGAGAUGUUGUGUAGGGUACAAAGAUGGUUCAGUCAAGGUUUGGGAUUUGAAACAAACUAACACAGUACACCAUUUCAAAGAUGGUAAUGGACAUGAGGGAGAUGUGACAACAUUAGACUGUAACCAUGAUAACAUCUUAGCUUUAUCAGGCUCAAUUGAUGGAACAGCCAAACUUCUCAAUAGUAACACAGGAAAGGUUCUUGCUACAUUUUCUGGUGGUGCUAUCAAGGAGGAUAUUGGAGAAACAAACUCAGUGGAAUCAGUAGGAUUUUCACCAAGCCAAUCCCUUGCUGCCUUGGGCUCCCUUAAUGGCAUGUUGAGUAUCUGGGAUAUUCCCACACAGAAGCUAAGGCACCAGUGUGACCAUGGGGCUGGCAUCGUUAGAUUAGCCUGGGAUGUUGAGACCCCAAUGAUCUUCACAGCUGGUCUGGAUGGAAUGGUCAAGCUAUGGGAUAGUCGGUCAGCAGAGAAGGUUGCCUCAUGGACCGGCCAUCAAGGAGAGAUCCUUGAUCUUGCAAUUAGCAGGGAUGGUAACACCAUAGUAACUGCAUCAGGGGAUACAUCAGCAAGAGUUUUCAAGGUGCAGCAGCCGGACAGAUAGAAGAAUUCAAACCAAAGUCUACAUCCUUUUCUCUCUCUUGAGCAGCGGAGUAUUUUAUUGUGAACACAUAAGAGCUACCAGUAUUUUUAUCAUGUCUUAUUGUACUGGUGCAUUGUAUAGCUUGCAAAGCUCAAGAAUUGUCUAUUUUACUACCCCAAAAUGUGGUUGUGAGGAUGGCUGUACAGAAUUGCAUUUGGUGCAUUGCAAAGGUCCAUAAAUUUUGAAGUAACGAGUCCGAUGAAAUGUGAGGAUGGACAAGUGUAAGAUCUGGGUCUCGUAACACAAAGGUUGGCAAUUAAUCUUACGCUUGAUUUUCAGGAUUAAUUGCACAUUGUAGUCGAUGCAAUAAGUUGUGAAAAAAUGAAAAAAAAAAAAUUUCAACGAUUGCUAAGCUUUGUGUAAUAGGCCCUUGAGACACAUUCAUAAAGAACCUACUAAUAUGGCAACUUCAUUCUAUUGGUAACGAUAAUGGUAACAAGCCUCCGCAGCCAAUCACAUUCAAUAUUUCCAUCGUUGUUCUCUUAUUGCAAUGUUUCCGUAAUCAUUAAAAUUUGUAUGAAACAGGCUAGAGAUACUUCAACUGAUUUAUUUUGGUAGAGUUGUCAGUUUGGAAUGUGAAGACCUUGAUAUAUUGAUCUCUGAUGUCACGGCAAAUGUUUUUCAAGGUACAUUGAAACAAGAGGAAAUUCUGAAACAAUGAAAUAAAAUUACUACCAAAUUCAAUAACAUUUUGAUGGGGACAUGCGUGGUAGAAAGUGUUUACGCAUUGAUCAUUGAUUCAUGAUUUUUUCCAGUUGUCGAACUCAGACCAAAUGAAUGAUAAUUGUUAUUGCUUUUUAAAGGUAUUAAUCUGUUGUUGACAGGUUUGCCUUCAGUUUUACCAUAUUCAAAUUUGCUAUUUUUUUUCUUUGGGGCCUAUUCAUAGGUAAAGAAUCAAACCUUUCAUGAAUGAACUACUGUAAUACCUGGAAUUGGAAUAUCCUGAAAUUAUUUAUUCCUUCAUAAUGUGUGAAAUUUCAGAUUUCCGAGUAUAGUGCUCAAAAGAUAGUACAUGCUCAUGUGUGUAUCAGGAAUUUUACAAAUCGACAUCAUUCUUUUGUUCACGAAGGAAGAACAUAUUUGCCGUAGGGUAAAAUGGCAUUUAACAUUGUAGCAUUUACCUCUUAUAUCAAACAACAUGUGCAAGAUACCAGCUGGUUCAGAGAUUUGAGCUGUGAGUCAUAUAUUUCAUUGACAUUUCAAGUUCAUUGUCCUGAUUUAACUAAUCAUAUUUGAUUGAAGCAUAUCUGUUAAACCCAGUUUCAGUCAAUUUGAUAAACAAACUUCUCGAAGACAGAAUAUGACAUGCGUCUUUCCCUCAUUUGAGAUAGAUAAGAAUCAUUCACAACUUGUGGCAUAUGAUAUUCAAGCCUGACCCUUGUUUAUUAUGUACCACCAAAUACCGAGAUAAAUACAUACAUAUAUAUAUAUAUAUAAUGCUUCACACAUUUAUAUAUAUAUAUGUAUAUAUGAUGCUGAUUUUAUUGUCUCUAAAAAUGGGCUCUAAUGAAUGAUUUGAGAUUUUUAACAUGCCAUACAGACUGUAUUGUGUAUUACAGAGAGUGGGCAGGUUACAAAGACACUCUGGUCAGUGACGAGCAAUGAAUGAUAUGUUAGGCAGGGACCUGUUUAUUAAUGAGGAUGAGGUUACCAGGCAUAAUGUUAUAUAUAAUGUGUGGACUUUAAUUUAGAUGUGAGAAAAGAAAGGAUGACAGAAAGAUGGAGAAGCCAGAGUUUCUAACCCUUGACCCUAAUGGUAUAUCUAUGUUAUUUAGAAUAUGUCGUCAAGGAAACAGUACUACUGUUGGCCAAUUUAUUGUUUGAUUGAUUGAUUGAUAAUGAAGUAUCUGAUGGUGCAGAUGUAGAGCAGCGCUGGCCUUCAAGUCAGGAUACUGGUUCAAAACUUGCUUGAAUUGCCUUACUUGCAUCUUGAA